GCCCCGCCCUCUGCGCGCCGCCGGCUGCCGGUCAGGGCGAGCGAGCGGGUUGUCAUUUACCAUGGAAGAUGAGUUCUUUGGAGAAAAGAGCUUCCAGCAUUAUUGUGCAGAGUUCAUCAAACAUUCACAGCAGAUAGGCGAUGGUUGGGAGUGGAGAACAGCCAAGGAAUGUUCUGAUGGCUACAUGUGCAAAACACAGUUUCAAAUAAAAAAUGGGACGGCGGCAUCACAUCUGGGAACACCUGCCAGUGUACACGCGUGUCUUCCAACAGAGGAGGAUUUAGAGCUGCCCGUGGAUGGUUCCGAAGUGAUGGAGUCCACCACAGCGUCGGAAGUGAUCAAAUACGAGUAUCACGUCUUAUACUCCUGCAGCUACCAAGUGCCCGUUCUUUACUUUAGGGCAAGCUUUUUAGACGGGAGACCUUUAGCUCUGGAGGAUAUAUGGGAAGGAGUCCACGAGUGCUACAAGACACGACUGCUGCAGGGGCCGUGGGACACCAUCACCCAGCAGGAACAUCCAAUACUUGGGCAACCAUUUUUUGUUCUACAUCCCUGCAAGACAAAUGAAUUCAUGACUGCUGUGCUGAAAAAUUCGCAGAAAAUCAAUCGAAAUGUCAACUACAUCACAUCAUGGCUGAGCAUCGUGGGGCCAGUUGUUGGUCUGAAUCUACCUCUGAGCUAUGCUAAAGCCACAUCGCAGGACGAGUGAUCUGCAAGGCUUCUGCUGAUCCUAGAAACUACAGCAUGGAGAACACCAAGGGUGCACCUGAGAAGCCUCGGUGUCUGUGGAACUGGGACUGCAGAAUCUCAUGUCACCAAGAUUUGAUGCAGAUUUCUUUCCUUGGGAAGAAAGCAUCUGUAAACCUGUUUGGAAGAAUUGUACGAAGGAACACAUCGCAGAUUCAGAUCACUAUAACUAUGAAGAAUGAAUCUAAUCCAGUGCCGUUGUACUGCUGACCUCAUGGGGCUCGCACAGGCCCUUUUCCUCCAGGCACAGUUCUUUUUCUGUUGUGGAGAUUGGUGGAGUAAUCUAUUUGUGUGUUUGGUUUUGCAUAAGAUGAAUGGAAAUUGCCAGGCUGUGGUGAUGCACGCCUUUAAUCCCAGCAGAGGCAGAGGCAAGUGGAUCUCUAUGAGUUCAAGGCCAGCCUGGUCUACAGAGUGACUUCCAGGACAGGCUCCAAAGCUACACAGAGAAACUGUCUCAAAAAACCAAAGAGAGAGAAAGAGAGAAAAAAAAGAUGUCUGGAAAUUAAAAUGUAGAACUUACUUGGCUCUGGAAAUUUAUUUUGUAAAAAUAACCCAUCUUAAAUUAUUCUCCCACAAUCAAUCUUAGUAGCAAUGGAUUAUUUCUCUAUAACUCCCUCAAAAUGCAUGUGUAUGUGUGUGUGCGUAAAAAAAUAGAUACAAAAUAAAGAAUAAAUUAUCAUUUUAUUAUAAUAAUAUGUUUUACAAGCAAAGUUUGACAAGAUAACUAGAGGUUUUUUACAUAGUUAUGGGAAACAUUUAAGCAUUGCAAUUUUCUGAUAAAAAUAGCACUAUCAUUUUCUGUCUACCUGCGAGCCCCACAGCUGCUCUGCUGCAUUCCUGGAGGCUUUUGUGCAGGGCUUCGUAACCUACAACUCCCUUCUUUUCAGUGUGAGAAUAACAAGCUGCUUCCCAGCGUCGCUGUGAGAGCUACAUGAAAUGAU